AUGUCGCCCAGAAUAUCUGCAAAAAUAACUGCAAAAGAUUUUGAUGUGAUACUGAAGCAAGCUUUUAGUGGCAGACAUAGUUGUUUUUCGGUUGGUUCUGCAAUAUUACUGCUUUUUAAGCAAUAUUGUGGAGCCGAGCACUUGAGACAUCGUGUAAUUCUUAUCUAUCUUCUCUACAGGUCUCCUGAACUUGAUGGUGGUUUACGGAAAAAUAACAUAGCUGAAAACCCCUUCCUAUGUUUUUUCCUAACAGUUAUGAAAUAUGACAGCAAUUCAAAAGAUAAACAUAAGGAUGUGGAACUGUUAGGCACUUCUAGGAUUGGGCCUCCCGAAAAAUAUAUAACUGGUUGUUUGUUAACUGAGGCACUAGACAAAAUCACUCCUCAUUCUCCUGUCGACAUUAUCAUGAUGAAAAUUCCAAAAGAGGAUUUUGAUAUCAGAGAACACAUUAUGGCAAUUCAGGACCGGCAAAUGAAUUAUCCUUUGAUAACAUCUGUGACCAUACCAGCAGGUUUUAAAGUGCCAAGUCAAAAAGUUAAAACGUUAGCUGAAAUUCAGAAGUUGUCAUCUGCUCUAAUUCUUAAGUUAUUUAAAAACUGUAAUUUGAUGGAUGUCCUUCCUCCUCGAUUCCAUCGUAUCACGCCUCUGUUGAUGCCUGUUUCUGAUGACGAAGUUCAGUUUUUGUUUCCUUGUCUUCUGGAACCAUUAUGGAUGGAAACAAAAGUCAAUAAACAGAGAUGGCCAUCGUCACCUACGCUAUCAUCGUCUAGUACAUUUUCGUUUGUCAGUGCAACAACUAAUGUUUCAUCUACAUCCGAUCAUGACAGUUUAUAUAUGUCUUGCGAAACGUCUAGUUGCUCUUUAGAAAAGGAUGAGGAGAAUAGCAGUGUUAAAUUAGCAGAUGAUAUUUCGAAUGAAGAGAUACUGACGUCUAAAAGCAGCAGAUCAUCAGUUGCGUCCGAUAAAAAACAGUCAUUGAGUACAGCUGAAGCUGCAGAAUUAUUGAAAAAAUCUUUGGUGUCAAUCAUUACAAGAACAGAUUCUCAAAAGUUAACGGAAGCUAUUGCGAAAGAUCCUUCCCUGACGAAAAUAGUAGAUAUUCCCCUAACAAAAUUCGACAGAUAUAUUGACGAAAAUCCGACUAUUGCUGCUGCUGUUAUUGUGAAUCGAAUUACGGAAAACUGCUAUGAACUGCCUCGGUUUUUCAAAUUACUUGCGAAAAUGAAGAUCUCAGUGCAAGCCAUGGAAGUUGUUAACAAAUUAUGCACUCAAAUUGAAUUCCCCCAAGAAUAUUUAAACAGCUACAUUACAACAUGUAUGCGUCGCUGUAAUGAACCGGGGCAGACACUUUUCGCACAAUGUCGUCAAGUGCGGGUGGUUUGCGUUUUUCUAUCCUCACUUAUUCGAAGUCGCAUUUGGGAUGUUCGUCCACUCUCCGUGGAACUACAGGCUUUUGUCUUGAAGUUCAAUCACGUGCGUGAAGCAGCUUCUUUAUAUCAAGCCAUCUUAAUGGCCCUGCAACCAACUCUGAAUUCUGUGGUCACAUCUUCUAAAACUUCGAGUAGUGCUUCACUGCAUGCAACUACGAGUAAUUUACUAACUGCCCCUUCUACCAGUAUUAAUGAACUGUCCAUUUUACGUAGCAGUGUCAGCACUGUCAAUAUUGGUAAUUAUACUACCAAUGCUUUAAAAACUACUGUCCCCACCACCACUAAUAAAUAUAUUUUCACGUCUCCGUGUUCCUUAACUACUACUGUUGCUCCUGCUGCUACUAUAUCUGUUGUGUUGAAUGCUGAUUUUGCUGCUAUUAGCGGUAAUGAUCAGCGAAAACAAUAA